GCUGCUUGAGCUUAUCAUCAGUGUUCCCAUUCACCUGAAACAGGCCAGCAUUUCCCCAUUCACUCUGAAGUUUUCCUCCUUGCCAUUCUGGAGAUCUGAGUAGACCCACCAUCAUCACAGGAUACCCUUUUAGUCAUGUGAUGCAAUUUCCCCAGCUAUUUAAGGGCAAUGGUGGGCUUUUUUGUUGAGUUCUUUUAAAAGGUAGCUGGCUGGGGCAUCUUUUGCCGAGUUACAGAGUGGAGAUCAGAGGAAAGGAAAUACAGCUUUUGGACCCUAGCAAGAUUGUAUCAUGGAGCCAGAGUUGGAAAGUGCGCUCGCUGAUCCGUGGGCUCGGCUUCAUUCCAAAGCAACGCAUGGACUGGUUGCUACUCAAUUUCACCUUGUGCAUGGAGACACAGUCCAAGUGAAGGGGAAGAUCUUGUCGGAUGCCAAAGCUUUUGUUGUCAAUCUGGGCCAAGACCGUGACAACCUCAUUCUUCACUUCAACCCACGUUUUGACUUCCAGACUGAUGCGAACACCAUUGUGUGCAACUCCUUGCACAAUGGGGUGUGGGGGAAAGAGGAGAGGCUGACCGACUUCCCUUUUGAGCAACGUGGCAAAGUUAAGGUGAGGGCUUUCCUUCACCUUUCUGUCUUCGGAGAUAAAGAUGUCGCUGGCCGAGGGUCACGUGUUUUCCUUCCCAAACCGGCUGGGCCUGAAGACCAUCGGGUACAUUGCGGUGGAAGGAGACUUCAAGAUCAGAGUUCUCAAAUUUCUCUAAUCUGUGUCUCUGUAGUCUUGUAACGUGUCUGAAUAAAUUCAGCUGUGUUCUCCAA